GAGGAACCUUUUUUCAAGCGCCGGUAUUUGAUUUCCUUCGUGGGAUUCCUCACAUUUUUUCUCAUGAAUGCGCAUCGAAUAAAUGUGAGCGUUGCCAUAGUAGCAAUGGUGCGAAGUCCAGAACAUGAAAAUCUUUCUGUUCCACAUGAUUUGAAUGCAACGCAGCAAAUGCAUCAUAAUAACUCACAAAAUGAAGCACAGUCCAAAGUAAAAUAUGACUGGAGUUCACAAAUGCAAGGAUACAUUUUGAGUGCUGGAUUCUUUGGAUAUGUUUUAUCUUUGAUUGUCUGUGGGAAACUAGCAGAAACUUUUGGACCGAAAGUUAUGCUUGUCAGUGGGACAUUUUUUUCAUCUUUCACCAUUUUGAUUACACCUUUAACGCCUGCCGUGCAUGUUUAUUUUUUAAUAAUUAUUCAGUGUAUUAGAGGAAUUGCGCAGGGUUUUAUGACGCCGUCUAUAACUGUCUUAUCAGCAAACUGGUAUCCCAAAGCCGAAAGAGGUUUUUUAGGGGGAAUUGGAUAUACAGGUUUGCAUUUAGGACGUUCAUUUGCCGGAAGUCUUUCGGGCUUAAUUUGUGACAGUAUUUCUAUGGGAGGGUGGCCUUCGGUGUUUUACAUUUUUGGUGGAUUUGGAAUAAUUGUUUCUUUCAUCGAAAUCUUCAUCGUAUACGGUAUGCCAAAGGAUGAUCCAAGAAUUUCAAGAGCAGAGUUAAAGUACAUUUUGGCGAACCAAGAAAAUGUUUUAACUCGGAAGAGACCUCCUGUUCCUUGGAAAAAAAUCUUCACGUCGGUGCCAACUUAUGCUCUUCUGUUUGCGUUUUGUGGUCAAUUCUGGGCAGGAAUCUACUUUAUUUCUUCUCAUUCAAUUUUUGUUGCGGAUAUCCUUAAGUAUCCGAUUGCUCAGAAUGGACUUAUUGUGUCCAUGCCGUAUAUCAUUGCAUUAGUUCUUGUUUCGGGUGUAAGCUAUUUGUCUUCCUGGCUAAAUAAAAAGAAACAUUUAAGUGUAAACAAAGUCAGAAAACUCUGGAACUUUCUUGGAUCAUUCGGAUUUUCUAUAUGUCUUAUAGUCAUUGUAACAACUAAAUGUGAAAAAAUAAUUGGGACAGUUUGCUCCGUCUUAGGUAUAGCAUUUUCAUCUGUAUCUUGUAUUGCUACAAUGAUUGUUCCUGUCGACAUGUCACCAACAUUUGCUG